AUGAUAAUAGUGUUGGUUAUACUUUUUGUGUUGGGGUCAAUUAAGAAAUGAUUAGAGGAUGAACUCUUAUCAUCAUUAUGUAUGUUUGUAUCAAUCAUGAGUAGAGUGGGUUGUUCACUUCAUCAUCUGGCAGACCAAUCAUAGUCCACCUGCUUCCAUUCCUUGUUUAACAUUAUUUUUUAGGACACACCCCAUGUUCAGAAGCUCAGAAUUUUGGAGAAACUGUACAACUUUUCCUUUUAUCAGUUUAUCCUAAAAACUUCCAUUUGUUAAUUUCUUUUCCAACUGGGUUGUCACUAACAAUAAUUCAUCUCAAAAAGUUGCCUUUUUCCAAAAUGGAUAUUGCCACGAGUAAUCAAUGCCAGAUUUGCCAAAUGCCAACACCCUUUUUACCAUAAUUAUUGCAACUUGAGUACUAUGAUAGUAUCAUUCAUUACUGUAUUCAAUCGACUUCUACCCCGUAGAAACAAACUGUAGAAUAAACCUUAUACAGAAGUACGACUUCAUAAAGAUAAAUAAAAAACAGAAGUUUCAGGUCGUCAUUCAUUACCAGACAUCAGUCCCAACUUCCUUUCGAUUCCUGGGGUCACCCAUUUAUUUGGUGCUACCUAAAGCUCAAAUCUUUGGUGUUCUUUUUCUUCGCAGAACUAAUUCUUUUCAGUUCUUUGAUUUAGGUUUUUCUUUUAGCAAAGUGUUCUCAAAGAAUAUGGAAUAGCUCUUUAUUCUUCUUCUUUUUUUUUUGUUUAAUGUAAAGCCUUUGUUCUUAGUGUCAAAGAAGUACCCCUUUUGAUCUGUUUAAUUUUUCGUGCCAAUCUGAAGUUCUGAUCUGAAGCUUGAAAUUGGUUUUGGGCGUGACCCUCUAGCCCUUCUUCGCAUCUGUUUAGGAUUUUUAGUAGAAAGAACAACUCUUUCAAGUCCUGUAUGAGAUUUAUGGUUCUCAUACAGGGGGAGUCUUGAAUAUCUCCAUCCGGGAUCCCUUCAAAGUGAUGCAUUUUGGAGCUCCGAGAAAUGGCUGCUUUAGUUCCUGGAGUGCUUUUGAAGCUUUUGCAGCAUAUGAAUACAGAUGUAAAGAUUGCUGGGGAGCAUAGGUCAUCUUUGUUGCAAGUGGUGAGCAUUGUGCCUGCACUAGCAGGUGGAGAGCUCUUUCCAAAUCAAGGGUUCUAUUUGAAGGUAUCUGAUUCUUCACAUGCCACUUAUGUAUCUUUACCUGAUGAACAACAUGAUCUUAUACUUAGUGAUAAAAUACAAUUGGGCCAAUUUCUACAUGUUGAGAGACUUGAAGCAGCAUCACCCGUGCCUAUUCUUAGGGGUGUUAGGCUAGUGCCAGGGAGGCAUCCCUGUUUAGGGACCCCUGAGGAUAUAGUUGCCACUCAUUCUUUAGGUUUUCUCAGUAAUAAUGCUAGUGUGUCCUCUGGUACCAAGCCACUGGAUAAAGGAAAAUUGCCUGCAAAGGUACCAAGCAAUGAGAAUACUGGGACAAGGGAUAGUAAAGUUACGAAUAUUAGAUCAAAUGCAAGCUCUAAAGAGGAGAAAAUUGAUAGUAAAACUCCUAGAUUGGUUCGAUCUAAGUCCCAGUUAACGAAGCUGAAUUUGAACUUAUUGGAAAAGAAAGAAUCUUUAGGGAAAUUGAAGACUUCCAAUUCAAGAUCAAUACCAUCAUCCCCAACGAGUUGUUAUUCAUUGCCUACUUCAUUUGAGAAGUUUGCCAGUGGACUUAAGCAGCAGGCGAAGGUAAAGGGUUUGGAUAGGUUGGACAAGGCAACUGCUAAGCUCGGGUCGGUGGAGAGGGCAAGUUCUGUUCAAACGGUGAGCCUGUCCACAAAGAAAGCUUCAGCAGGGAAAUUAAGCCGAAGUAGUGUACUAGGGAUUGACAUGGGGCCAAAGUCAUUGAGGAAGAGCUGGGAAGGCAAUAUGGAUCUGAGGAGCAGGGAAAGCCCCAGGAUGAAACUUGUUAAGAAUGAUUUGAAGUCAGAAGCUCGGAGUACUUCUGCUCCAAGAAAAUCAACCAGCGAGAGGCUACCAUCUAAAGAAGAGCAGAAAGUCAAUUCUGCUAAAACAUCAAAAUCUGAAAAUAGUAGUCACCCGUCUGCAAAGAAAGUUAAUGCAAAUGGAGAUCUUGCUGAAACAGAGAAGUUGACUAAGCAGAAGACCUCUGCUGGAAGGAAAUCAUCUGAUGCUGGUCUUGGACUAGAUGGGCAGUUAGUCAAGGUUCCUUUAAGUAAUCAAAGGUUUACAGAUGCAAGUGUUUCAUGGACUUCGCUACCAUCAUCCAUCUCAAAGCUUGGAAGGGAAGUCUUGAAGCACAGAGACGCUGCACAGGCUGCUGCAAUUGAGGCAGUGCAAGAGGCUUCAGCUGCUGAGAGCUUACUUCAAUGUAUAAGCACGUAUUCUGAGUUGUGCUCCUCUUCCAAAGAAGAAAAUCCUCAACCUGCAGUGGAGCAAUUUUUGAGUUUGUUUGCAAGAUUGAAUAAUGCCCGCCUGGUGGCUGAUGCUCUAUCUAAAACUGUACUUAUUGGUUCGACUUCGGAUCCUGAUGAAAACACCUCGGAAGAAGCUCAGAAGGUUGCAUCAGAGAGACGUAAGCAAGCAUCUUCUUGGGUCCAUGCUGCGUUAGCUACAAAUUUGUCUCCCUUCACCGUAUGUAGUAAACGUGGAACUUCCAUCGCAGUUUCUGCCUCCAAUUCAAUAGCUACUCCAAAAGCAAUCCCUGCUAAUCAACCCAUUUUAGUUCUAGAAAACUCUUCGAAAAGUGCAGGCGGAAAGAACCAAGCUAAACCUAAACAGACCGUAGUUUCCAAGAUCUUUCCAUCUGGAACACGUCGUUUGGCAGAUGGGACAGUUCCUAAUCAGAAGGCAAGAGCUUCUUCCCCGCCGAGGGAAUGGCAUAAGGGAGAAGGACUGGAUAAUGCAGUUGACUUGGCUGACAUAUUGCGGGUGGAAUCUCAAGAAUGGUUCUUAGGAUUCGUCGAAAGGUUUCUGGAUGCCGAUGUGGAUGCUUCAACUCUAUCUGACAAUGGUCAAAUAGCCGGCAUGUUAACUCAGCUGAAGAGCGUGAAUGAUUGGUUGGAUGAGAUUGGUGCUAGAAAGGAUGAAGAAGAGAUGCCUCAAAUCUCUACAGAAACCAUUGAGAGAUUACGGAAGAAGAUAUACGACUACCUUCUAACUCAUGUGGAAUCUGCUGCAGCAGCACUUGGCGGCUCACAAUCAUUGCCUAAAAUUGAAGACAGGCCUAAAAGAUAGUAAGUCCAUUCAGAACUGUGCAUGUUGUAGGAGCUUUAUUUAUACUUUUAUGUUCAACUAUCUCAGUUACAAAGCAGGGCCUUUCGACCACAAAGCGGUUUGAGAGGUUAAAAGUACUCUACUUGUAUAUAGUUAUUGGAUUCAAAAUUUGCAUGGAGUAACUCCAUUACCAUGAAAUGGUUGAUAGUUAAGAUUUUUUUUCCCACAUAAACUUUGUUUGAAACUCUUGAACUACAAUAUUGGAAUUGUAUUUACAAGAAAAACGAAAGAUUGCAGUUUCCCUCAAACAUGGGGUGUUUUUGCAUGUCUUCCUACCAUCAAACUUUUAGGGCAUGUUUGUUUUUUUUAGUGUGUAUUUUUAGCUGUUUUUUGUAUAAAUAAUGUAAAAAGGUGUGUUGGAAAUAUAAAAAGGUAUGCCGGG